AUGCAACAACGGCUUUAUUUGAUAAGUUUGGUGCUGUUAUUGAUUAAUUACACGUGCGGCGAAGAAAUCGAUACAGAUGUAGAAAUUGAUGAUCCAAAUAUUGAUACUGCUGAAAUAGAUCGAAUUUUACAUGGACGUGUUGCAAAGCCGAUGACUUUUCCAUUUCAAGUUUCAUUGCAAGAAAAUACUCGAGAUAGAACUUAUAAAUUUUGUGGUGGUGUAAUUAUAAAACCAAAAUGGAUACUAACAGCUGCACAUUGUUACUUUAACGAAGUAAAAAAUGGUAACAAAUUUCGAAAUGAUUUCCGUGUGAAAGCUGGUGUUGUUAAAGCUAAUGAUUUGGGUCCAACAGCACAAUAUGUUCCUAAUAACUCAAUGGAUUCCCCACUGUAUCGAAUAACGUUUGUCAACGAUAUAGCAUUAUUACAAUUAAAGUAUCCGUUAAAAUAUAAUAAAUACGUAAGACCUAUUGCAUUGCCACCAAAGAAUUACAAAGCGAAAGGUAUUGGAACUAUUGUAGGUUGGGGUGCAAUUGAUAAUGAUGAAGAAGUAAGCUCACUAGCAUUGCGAUACGCCACAAUACCCGUAUCCAAAAAAGAAGAAUGUGAUGAAUAUUUCGAAAAUCCAUUGACAAAAAAUCAACUAUGUUUGGGAGUUAACAGCAAGUACAAUGCAUGUGCUGGAGAUUCUGGCGGUCCGUUUGUUCAAACUAUUAAAGGAAAACCAGCUGUUGUUGGAAUCACUUCGUAUGGAACAGAAGGAUGUUAUGAAGACGAACCAAUUGUAUAUACUAAUGUUGUAUCUCACCUCGAUUUUAUAAAGAAAACAAUUAUUGGAGCAUCCGAAAAAACGAAUAAAGAUAUCGAUGAAAAACCUCAUCCAUAUCUAGUUUCAUUAUUGGACUAUGAUGAACUUGAAGAAUCAUAUGAGAAUUUUUGCACUGGGGUCAUUAUUCAUGAAAAAUGGGUGUUAACAACGGCUGAUUGUUUUGAUAAUGAAAAUAAAAAUCGGGUAUCCUUUAUGCGAAUAAAAAUUGGUUCACCGAAUCCCAAUAUUAAUGUUGAUGAAUUAUUAGAAAUUUCAAAAUUCAUUCGUCAUCCAUUGUAUAAGAUUGAAGAUAAAGAUAUGAAAUUCAAUGUAGCUUUAAUCAAAUUGAAAGAAUCCUUACCUAGUUUACAAUCUGAGCAAAAAGCAUUUUUACCAUCAAAUGAUUUUGAUGUUAAGUCUUUCAAAGGUCAAAUAAUUGGUUGGCACAUUGAGAAUUCAAUCAAUGAUAUAGAAGAUAAUACAGAAUACAGCUUGGCAACGGCAAAUGUAACAAACGGUGACCAAGAAGAAUGUAAAAAAUAUUUUCCGAAUCAAGCUGAAUCCACAAUAUGCGUCGUUCGAACUGAUAAGACAUGCAAUUUCGAUACAAGUAGUCCAUUAAUUGUUCCAAGUUUGUUUGUUGUCAGUGUAAUCAAGAUGUAUGCGGUUGACAUUGGGUUGUUGUUAAUUUCAACAUUAGCAUGUGUUUACGGUGUUGAAAAUAUUGAUUUGGAUAAAAUAGAAUUUCCUACUGAUAUACCAAACAGAAUUCUAAAUGGACAAAUAGCAAAAGCAAGGCAGUUUCCAUAUCAAGUUUCGUUACAAGAAAGAGAACGCAAUAUUGAUUCUAAAUUCUGUGGUGGUGUAAUAUUAAAUGCAAACUGGAUUUUAACCGCUGCACAUUGUUAUGCUCCAAUUGGCUCAUCUUUCUCAAAUGACUAUUAUAUCAAAGCUGGUAAUACGAAAGCUUUUGAAUUUGGAGACACCACACAAUUUAUAGAAGUUUCCAGAAUUAUUUUGCAUCCUCAAUAUAAUGAUGAUACGAAUAUUAACGAUAUUGCUUUAUUGCAAUUAAAGCAUCCAUUGAAAUUCAAUAAAUAUGUUCGACCAGUAAAUUUACCAAGAAAAAAUUAUGACCCAAAAAAUGGACAAAUAGGAACAAUUGUUGGAUGGGGUGCAAUCGAUAAUGCAGAACAAAUAAGUUCAAAAGUUUUAAGAUACGCGAAUAUUCCAGUAUCUCCAAGAUCAGCCUGCAAUAAAUAUUUUGAACCAUUACGAAAGAGUCAAAUCUGCUUAGGAUAUAAAAGUAAAUACAAUGCUUGUAGAGGUGAUUCUGGUGGCCCAUUUCUUCUAUCAAUUAACGGAAGACAUACCGUUGUGGGAAUAACAUCAUUUGGAACAGUUGGAUGUCACGAAAAUGAUCCAAUCGUGUACACAAAUGUUGGAUCUUUUGUAGAUUUUAUUAAUUCUAAUAUUAAAAAAUAUUCGAAAAAAAGUUCAACUGAUGAUUCUAACACCGGGUCCAAUUAUUCAUACUUGGCAUCCAUUCAAGAAUAUAAUGAUGAAGAUGAGAGUUAUGAAAAAUUAUGUACCGGAACAAUUGUUGAUGAACGUUGGAUAUUUACUUCAGCAGAUUGUUUUGAUAACAGUGGAAGAGAUCGUACACCAUUCAUACGUGUGAAAGUUGGAUCUGUGGAUGUAGACGAUGAUAAAAAAGGAACUUUCCAUGAAAUUUUAAAAUUCGUUAUUCAUCCUGAAUAUAAUCCCGAGGACAAAAAUGUGAAAAAUAAUAUUGCUAUGGUUUUAUUAAAGAAACCAUUGACCUUAUCGAAAACUGUUAGCAAAGCAUUUUUACCACCAAGUUUUCUUGAUCCGAACACAAUUGAAGGUAAAAUUGUUGGAUGGAGUGCAGAGAAUUCCACAGAUGAUGUGAUUUCACAUCGUAUUGUUUCCACUGAAGUUACGAAUGGUGAACCAAAGAAAUGUAAAGAAAUGUUCCCAAAUAUGGAUGAAACAAAUAUAUGCUUAGUCAGAAUCGGAGGUAAUUGCAGUCCUGACAUUGGAAGUCCAUUAGUAAUUGAACAAAAAAAUGGAAACAUAAUUGUUGGAUUAAAUUCAAUUGUGGAUAAGAAUUGUGAACAAGAUAAACCAUUUUUGGUAACAAAUGUGCAUAAUUUUGCAAAUAUUAUCGACAGAUUAAUGCAGCUAGUAUCUAAAUAGAUAUAUGGAUUUAUUUAAAUCGAAUGGUCGAAAAAGACUGAAUAAUAUAGUUUUUAA